CCGUGCCCGCUUCUUCUCUCGUCUCCCACGCUCACAUCGCAUUCUCCCGCUCUUUGCUCGUGCAGAUGUGGACCUGAAGACUACUCAACCUCUCGUUACAAAAUUGCCGUUUGUAUGUAAUUGCUCGACAUGUAUUUCACAUUAAAUUAGACUGAACCUGAAGACUGCUCGUCACAAGUAGACGAAUGCUAUUUUGGGGAAUAAAAUAAACUACAUUUUUUCUUUUGGGGUGCGUAGGUUGGUUGUCUUGACUAGAGCAACAGUAUGGAUCUCUCAUUUAUGGCUGCACAGAUCCCAGUCAUGACGGGGGCCUUCAUGGACUCCUCACCCAAUGACAACUACAGUGCCGACCACUCGCUCUUCAAUUCCUCGGCCAGUGUCCACGCCGCCUCUGCGGCCACCUCAGCCCAGGCCCAGCAGGACGACCAGUCCUCGUCCAGUGACGCUAUCUGGCUCUGGAUUGCCAUCAUUGCUACUAUCGGCAACAUUGUGGUGGUGGGAGUGGUCUACGCAUUCACCUUCUGAUCCAUCUUGCCUUCCUGUCCACCAAGACAAAAAUUUGUGAGCCUCCCCAUAGGGGAACGUGAUAAAAGACAAAGGAUAAAUAUCACAUAAUGUAUGACCAAAGGGCUCCGGGAUGCAAACGCUGACUGUGGUGUGGGGUUUCUUUAGUUGAAGCUUCAGCAACAUUCACUUUCAAUUAAAAAAACUCAACGUUUCGGGAUAGGAACAGUAUACAAGUUCAACUGAAGUCUGAAUGGUAUUUUCAACUUUAGUCGCCUAACUUUCAGUAGACAUCACGCUCCUGAAUGUUGUUGUGUUGCAUUGUGGUGCUGAAGGGGAUAAGAUACGGACAGGGUGAACCGGACCAUCUUAAAUGUCCCCCAGAUAGAUGAGAGGCAAUUAAGAGGAGUGCUGCUUAAUUAUUUGGAUGAACAGAGACGUGAAUCUUAAAACAUUUAAGUGACGCUGGGAAUACUUCUGCAUUAGCCAUGGGCUCAGCUUCUUACAGUUCAUUAUCUGUUCUGUCAAAAGAACGCUCAAAUUAUUAUCUUUCCUUUGUAAAUCGACAGAAAAUGGACCAACGGACACUGGCUUUAAUGAAACAUUCCUGAAACACCCUACAACUGUUUUUGCUUCUCAGUUUCUGUAGCAAUGCCACACCAGUUUAUGGUCCAAUAAGAAAAUCACUCCACCAUAUAAUUUACUCUGCUAAAUCUGCAUCUGAAACAUUAUUUAUUACACCACAGUACAUCUAUCAAUGACAUUUCACUUUUUUAUAACAAACCUCUCACAAAGACAUUGAAGUAUACAGUGAGGGAAAAAAGUAUUUGAUCCCCUGCUGAUUU